GACCAUAUAUGUGUGUAUCACUGUAAAAAAAUAUACAUAUGAACUAUUUUUUCACAUGCAACUUAUAUGUCACAACAUUUUGGGAUGUAUAAACACAUUUAUAUCCCAAUUGGUUAUAAAUUGGUGAAUAUAUUUUCCUUCUGUAAGGGUCUUACCGGGAAGUUUGCAGCAAAAUCAUUCUGCCACCAAUGCAAAGCUGAAUAAGCAACGACGAGGGCGUGAUAAGAUCCUGCAAAACAGACUCCGCUGCAAGUACACAGAGGGACGGCAGAAAACAAAGAUGGAUGAAGGAAAACAAGUGCAAAAUGAACUUCUUGGAUGAAUUUUCUAUCUAGUUUCCUGGAAUCUUGACCAGAGAUGAGAUUCGUGUGAUGUCAUCAGUCUCUUAUCUAAAGGAACAAACUUGGUCACAGUUUUGACCCAAUGGCAAAAGGAGAAUAUGAUAAAGUUGGAACAUGGACAUUUCGGGAGCUGAUCUCGAGAACAGAGCUGAGAGAAUUUUAUCUAUAUUUUCAUCUGUAAAACACAGAAGUGAGAUCAUUUGUCACUUAUUUACUCGAACCACCAGCCUUCCUUUAGUCAAUCUGAAUUUGUUGGUGAACCUUUCUGUGCAAAAAAAAACAAAAAAAGACACAAGAUUUCUUCAGCUCUUUGUCACAAACUCCAAAUGGAGAUUAUCUCUCACAUGUAAUCUCUGCAAGAUCCUUGUUGUCUUCUUCAGUCAAAACCAACAGAGAGCACAGUAGUGUUUUCUGCUGCAGGUGUCCCCCCUGCAGGUUAAGGCAGCUCUGCGGUUCUAGUGAACCUCGGUGGAGAUAAGGGUGGCUGGAAACAGUCAGGAAUGUUGAUAAAGUAUAUGAAGCUCAGAAUGAGCCUGAUUGGCUCUCAUUUCUGUCCUCUGGGAAGGUCUAUAAAAGUCGGGAGUGUGGGGUUGCAGAAGAGGGGUCUUCUUUUUCAUCUGGAGACACGUUAAGGAGAGGCACAGGAAAAGCCACCUUGCUGUUCUUGUCGAGACAGGAGCAUUCUCACAUAAUUAGCAGGUGGUUUUUUGCUGCUUUGCAUCCAGCUCUGUGUGUAAGCUGCGCAGCGUCGGCCCAUACGCUCACUGACGCUCCUGCCGGCUCAACAUGAAUCUGCUCUGCAUGACGUUCCUGACUCUCAUGAAGCUCCACCAGAGUCCUGCGGGGGCUUCACCCCUCCGCAUCCCCGCUGCUCCUCCACAACCUCCAGCUGGACCGUCUGAGGCUGACCAGAAAUUUGCGGAGGAAUAUCUGCACCACUUCUAUGGUUACCAGCCCAAACCAGACAGACGAAAAAGGGCGGCAGCCUCCAGAGAUGAUUCAAAUCAGACGGGUUUCUGCGAUAAGGUGAAGAAAAUGCAACGAUUCUUUGGGUUGAGUCCAGAUGGAAAACUCAGUGAGGAGACUCUGACUGUGAUGAAGAAACCGCGCUGUGGGCUGUCGGAUGUGGAGCCUCACGAGGGAGCCGUGAGGUGGAGAAAACGGACCAUCAGCUACAGGAUUGCUGGUGAAAAUCUCCCUUUCCCAGCCAGUAGGACUCACAAAGCCAUCAGGAGAGCGCUGAAGCUGUGGUCCAGCGUUUCCCUCAUUAGAUUCCGCAUGAGGGCAGCAAAAGAGGCUGACGUUGGCAUUGCUUUUGUCAGCGGAGACCAUGGCGAUGGAUUUCCUUUCUCUGGCAAAGGGGGAACUCUGGCUCAUGCCUUCCUCCCUGGUCUAGGAAUAGGAGGGGAUGUGCACUUUGAUUCUGAGGAGGAAUGGACUUUAAAUUCUACUGGUAUCAGCCUGCCUGUUGUUGCAGCUCAUGAAUUCGGCCAUGCUCUUGGUCUCUCCCACUCGCCCGACCCUGGAUCCAUUAUGUACCCAGCUUACAACUUUGCACCCAGUUUGGAGCUCUCCUUUGACGACGUGAAGCGCAUCCAGCACCUUUACGGUGAAAACCCCAACUUCCACUUACAGUCACUAAAAAGGCCUCCUCCCAAAACCCCUGACAAAUGCGAUCCAGAUCUGUCCUUUGAUGCUGUGACCGAAUUACAACAAGAGGUGGUGUUUUUCAAAGACAGAUUCAUGUGGCGAAAACAUCCCAGUUUUGUUGAAACACGCAUCACCCUCAUCAGCAGCCUGUGGUCAGACUCUGUACCGUCUCACCUGGAUGCUGUGUAUGAGAACGUGGAGAAAAACUUUAUUUUAUUUUUCAAAGGUGAUCAGUACUGGAAAGUACAGCAGUUAAUGCUACAGGAAGGUUUUCCCAGAAACAUCUCAGACCUGGGCUUCCCCUCCAGAAUAAAGUCAGUGGAUGCUGCUCUGCACUUCAGAAGAGAUCGUUACACUGUGUUCUUCACCGGCCAUGAGUGUUGGAGGUACAAUGAACUGCGGGCCGUGAUGGAGGGAUCACCAAUGCUCAUCGAGCAACAGUGGCUGGAAAUCCCAUUCCCUAUAGACGCAGCUGUCUACUACGAGGGAUUUGUGAACUUCUUCAAGGGAAACAAGCAAUAUAAAUACGACUUUGGCCAGAACCGUGUUGUCUCCGUCAACAGAGCUAACGACCUAAUGGACUGCGAGAUGGGAAAGGGUAACAAGCACAUAUCCUGAUGAUGAAAUGGCCUGACGAUGACAUUGCAGAGUGUGUAUAGUCACAGGAAAAGGUCUCUCUCCGGCAGCAACGACAGUAUUUGUGACCCUGGGAACUAAUACUGUAGGGAAGUGGUUAAAAGUCAUACCUCAGUGUGUUAUAGUGUUGAAAGAAAGGAAAUUUAUUUAAAAACAUGUUUUAGUUUAAUUUUUCUACUUGUUUUUUUUUUAAGAUUUGCAACAAAUAUUGAAUGAAAUGAAUGACAGCAAUACCUGUAUUAGAUAUUUUUUCUAAACAAAAAGAGAUUGCAUGUAUCUGGGUGUCCUUGAGCAAGUCACUUCACCCACCUUGUUGGUGGUGGUCAUGAUGGCAGCCUCAUUUCUGCCAGACUGCCCCAGAGCAGCUGUGGCUACAGACCAGUAGCUUGCCAUCACCAGCAUGUGAACGUGCAAUUUGAGAUCUCAAUUUGAUAAAAGGGGCAUUAUGAAUAAAGUCAAUUAUUCUUCUUUCUGAAA